AUGAUUGAAAAGAUAGGUAGUACACGAAUUAUUGAGCGUGGCGUUGGUGAUGCUGCAGGUGAUUUUUUUGGUGCAUUUGAAAUUUGGAAAGAAAAUCUGUUUCGAACAUUACGAAUAAAUAUUGGCAAUCAAAAUGUAUUUACUAAUGAAAAACUUUCAGUUGAAAUUGUCAAUUCAAACAGACAUCUUGGACAAAUAACAGAUUCUGGAAUUGUUUUACAAAAUAAAAUUUUAGUUGAAACAAAUGAAAAUGGACCUAUGAAACGACAUUUGGAAAUUCAAUUACCGAGAGGAGAAACUUAUCGUACCGGAGAUUAUCUUGCUGUAUUACCCAUACAUCCAAUUGAAAUUGUUUCUCGAGUUCUUAGACGAUUUCAUUUAUCUAGUAUUACCCGUAUUGAAAUUACUUCUUCUACAAAUACAUUCUUUCCAACAAAUUAUCCAGUUAGUGCAUUUGAUAUAUUAAGUGGUUAUGUUCAAUUAACUCAACCAAUCAGUAAAAAGCCAAUUGAAAUUCUUGCCGGAUUAUGUCAAAAUGGAAUAGAAGGAAUAAGUCUUACAAAUCUUGCUGGAGAUGAAUAUGAAAACGAAAUUCUGGAUAAACGAAUAAAUAUUUUGGAUAUUCUUGAAUUAUAUCCAUCAUGCAAACUUUCAUUUGCACAAUAUCUUCAAAUGCUUCCAUCACUUCGUGUUCGUCAAUAUAGCAUUUCUUCAUCAUCUUUAUGGAAUUCUGAAGUUGUAACAAUAGCAUUUGAUGUACUCAGACCAUCAUUAAAUGGAGUUGGACAAUGUUAUGGUAUUGCAUCGAAUUAUCUUGCAACUCUCAACGAAGGUGAUCAUAUUAGUUGUAGUGUUCGAGCAAGUAAUGUUAAAUUUCAUCCACCUGAAGAUACAACAAUACCUAUUGUUAUGACAGCUGCUAGAACUGGAAUUGCACCAUUUCGUGAAUUUAUUCAAGAAAGCGCAGUUCAAUUAUCAUGUGGAACGGAAGUUGGACGAACAAAUGAAGAUUUUUUGUAUUUAGAUGAAUUGAAUAUAUGGUCGCAACUUCCUAAAAUACAAGUCAAAUCUGUUUUCUCUCGUGAAAACAAUGAUGGUAACAAAUAUGUUCAAGAUUUACUUUGGGAAGAUCGAAAUGAGAUUGCUAACUUGUAUUUCAAUGGUGCACGAUUUUAUACAUGUGGUAGUGGUAAAAACUUAGGUACAUCAGUGAAAACAUGUCUUAUCAAAAUUAUUGCGGAAAUUGAACAACGUAAUGAAGAUGAAGCAAGAGAAAUUCUUGAAGAAAUUUCACUUGAUCGAUAUAGUGUUGAUGUUUUUACAUAA